AUCCAACAAAAACUCUGCAUCACUUCAUUUUCCCUCUAUAAAACCCCUAUUUUCCCGCUUGUUUGGGGUUUUUUCCCGCCAAACUGUGUCUUGUACAUCCGACACGAGUCUUCAUCUUCAUUUCUCUCUGCAACUAAGCGCUAAUGGCACCCAAAAAACUCACAGACUACGAGCGUAAAAGGCUCGAUAACAUCAAACGCAAUGCUGAAGUGCUCGCCUCUCUCAAAAUCCACUCCACACUCAACGAUCUAUCAUCGUCUGCUAAAUCUCAAAGGGCUAAGACUAAGAGUUACAAAGUAAGCCCUAAGAAGAAAGUUAAGGGUGAGAGUCCGAUUGUAAUUAGGCGUUCACUACGUUCGCGUGGGAUUAAACCCGAUGAACUGUCUGCGGGUGGUCUUAAAGACGAUUAUACUGAAACUCCCAAUAAAAAGGCAAAAACUAUAGGGUCUAGUCCCAAUAAAAAGGUGAAAACUGUUGACUCGAGUCGAGAAUUAGGCCCGAUUAGUAUGAGAGAUGUGUAUGUUGGUAAAGAAUCGGAGGAUCGGAAAUUUGUUGAGACAAUGCUAAAUGUUUCAAAGGGUUCGAGAGAUAGUGGUGGUGAUGGUUUGGAAGGAGGUUGUGAGGGGAAGGAGAUUAAGGGUCUGGAUACAAUGAGUUUGGAAGAAGGGAAUGUUGCGCGGGUUGUUCCUGGGAGAAUUUUGUCUGUACGUGUGUUUCCGUCUGUGGAUAGGAGAAUGGUUGUGGUUGGGAAUAAGUUUGGAAAUGUUGGGUUUUGGAAUGUUGAUUGUGUGGAUGAAUCGGAUGGGAUUUAUGUUUAUCAGCCACAUUCUUCUCCAGUUUCGGGGAUCGUAGUUCAGCCAUUUUCUACGUUUAAGAUGUUUACUUGCUGUUACGAUGGUUUUAUACGGUUGAUGGAUGUUGAGAAGGAGAUGUUUGAUCUAGCAUAUAGCGGUGCUGAUAGCAUUUACUCUAUUGCUCAGAGGGCAGAUGAUGUGAACUCCUUAUAUUUUAGUGAAGGUCGGGGAGAACUUAAUAUUUGGGAUGGAAGAACAGGAAAACCUUCAUCUUCUUGGGGUUUGCAUGAAACUAGGAUCAACAGCAUUCACUUCAAUGCAUGUAAUACUAAUAUGAUGGCCACGAGUUCUUCUGAUGGGACUGCCUGCAUAUGGGAUUUGAGAAAGGUUGUAGCAGACAAAGCAGAAGCUCUGAACACUGUCAACCAUGAAAGGGCUGUGCAUGCUGCUUACUUUUCACCUUCAGGAAGUAUUCUUGCUACAACUAGCCUUGAUGAUAGCAUUAAGUUACUGACUGGAGCUAAUUAUGAGAAUGUAUCUAAGAUACAUCAUAAUAACCAGACUGGAAGAUGGAUCUCCUCAUUUAAAGGAAUAUGGGGUUGGGAUGAUUCACAUGUCUUUAUUGGCAAUAUGAAAAGAGGAGUUGAUGUUAUAUCUACAGCUGAGAAGAGAUGCAUUGACACCUUAGUCAGCCCAGAGAUAACUGCUAUUCCAUGUCGCUUUGAUGUGCAUCCUCACAAGUUUGGGAUGCUCGCAGGCGCUACAAGUGGUGGCCAGGUUUAUCUAUGGACAUCGUCAUGCUAGUUGCUGCUGAAUAAUGUCUACUAUCUGCAUUAGAAUUGGCUUAUACAACCUGAGCAAAAUGUUAAACAGUGUGGAUAGUUUCUCUGAAGAUGUGUAUAUUAUGUAUUUUGUCAAGUUACAAGUGUUUGUGUUGAAUUAUAUAUAUAAUGACGUUCCAGGAUGCCUUAUUACCGAGUAACCUGUUGGUUUGCGUAUAAAGCAGGAUGGAAUAGAAUGAAGCAUACGCUCAAAUGUUCUUUCUUUCUUUAA